AUGUCCAAGAUCGCCUGGCGGGUCGCCCACGCCUUUACCAAGGGCCGCCACUCGGCUCCGCGCGAGUUCCGCGAGGUCGAGAACCAGCUGUACUCACUCAGCGCCGCCCUGGCCGCCUUCAAAGACGUGUGCGGCGGCGAUGUUACCGUCGAUCCAGCGGACCUUCCUGCCCGCUUCCGGAACGGUGAACGGGACGGGUUGCGGACCGUGACGGGCAUCCUCGACAACUGCCGCGAGACCCUCAAGCACCUGGAGGGUAUUGUGGAUCGGUACAGCAUUGUCGCCGCCGGCCCGAAGGACAAGGACCCGGAAGAAUCACGGCUUCGCCGAUGGAGCGCCGAGCUGCUCAAGAAUUACAGGAAGAUCGAGUGGACGACCCAGGCUGGCGACUUGGCUGCGCUGCGAAGCCAGUUGAUGGUCCACACAAAUAGCUUAGAUCUGGUCUUGGGCAUCAUCGUGAGCUCGCGGACAUCGCGGAUCGAGGACAGCCUGAGAGAAAGCUCUAGCAUGAUGAAGGAGAUAUACUCCUGGUGGGCGCAAAAUCUAAAGAACACAACGACUAGCCCGCCCAGACUUCCACCAGAGCGAAAACCGACUGAGAUGGAACAGACUGAGAUGGGGCUGCAAGGGGCCGUUCAGCCCAUUUCCUUCGAGAUACAUGUCAUGGAGAAUGGGGCCCCUCAGCUCCUGUGCGCCGAAGCUCGCCUGCACGAUGGCUGGGCAGAGCCGGGCUCAUCCCAACUGUUUCUGUGCGGGUGUAAGCGGACGGCCGCGAAUCCGGAGAACGGGUCAGCCCACCCCAGGGUCGAGAACAUCGCACUGUCGCAACUUAGCUUCCCCUUCCGUCAGACAGGAGACGCAGCAGUUUGGACGUUAUUCAAAGCGCUUGAUAGGUCAACAAAUGAGAUGGUGACCGUACUCAUCAGGAAUGUCGCGCCAGCCGACAUGUGUGAGCUCGAGGAAUCCUUCAUCCGACGCCUAGCCCACAUGCAAGCGAGUGCCAUGCUACAACAGGGCAUAAGCAACAUGCUGGUGCACGUCUCGCCGGACGGGAAACAUGUCCGGGCCUUGAACAUUCAGGGCGACGUAAAAAAUCUUCACAAAUCCAUCGACGCCGUUGCAUUCCGCAUGGGACACAGGCAGCUGUCCAAGCCCAAUGUGGAAGGACUUAGUCUCCUCAACUACCAAGAGCUGGGAAAUGCCCUCGAGCGGUACAAUGAUCCUAGCCUGGCUCACGCUGAGCUGUGGAUCUACUACGCAAAGGAGAACGCAGAUGAGCCCGCCGACGUCACUAAGAGCGUUGUCCACUCUGCCAAGACGCUUCACCAACGGCUCGAAGACAUGCGGAUGGAGCUCUUCAUCACCAGUCUGCAAUCUCCGCGGCCAGACGAAACAGUUGCGUUGCAUUUACAAGCGACCGAGGUGGAAUGCGAAGUCGCCGCCAUCUCCGACGCGGAGCUGCUGAUAACCCGCAGCCGAGACGACGGCCGACACCGCCUCAUCGUCACCAGCCGGAACCGGUGCACCGUCCUGACCCAAGUCCUGCCCGACACCUUCUUCGCCCCGCCGCCAUCGCAAGUCCCGACCUUCGCCUCGCCCACGUGGCUUAUCCAGCUCGACGCGAGCGGCCGACGCAGGGUGUACCACUACCCCAACGGGUUCCGGUUCCUGCGCUUUCGCAACACCAGUGCCGAGAGGAUGUUUGAGCUGGGUCGGAAUGCGUUGUUGCAGGGUGCGCUGCCGGUUCGAGAGCUGGCUGUUAGGGAAAAGACUGAGGAUCAGUUGUAG